CUCGUUUUUCAGUUUCAAAGUUCGCCGAUCACCGGCCGACGAAGCUAUAACGUCCCAUUGCAUUUCUAAAAUCAUGUAACCGUUUUUGUACCGGCGAUACAAGCUUCAAUUUCUUCGUAAGUUAUACCAUUUAAUUCCUAGUUUUCCAUCAUUUAAAGAAAUUCUUACGCCCUAAUUCUCUACUUCACUCCGAUGUAUUGAUGAUUUUGUUAAGUUUUGUGCAAAUUAUAUCUUGUUUUGCAUAUUUCAUAAUUUGAUUCUCCAGUGUUAGGGUUUCUGUUUCUGUUACGGUUACGUUUGUUGUUUAUUGAUUUUUGUUGGGACUUAUUAUUAUGGCACUUCUUUUUAAUGUUUGGACCUAGGUUUCGUUGGAAUGCGGCUAUGGUGAUUUUGGUGAUGAAGGGAACUAUGUAGAAACGUUGGAGUGAUGAAAAAAAUGGCUCCUGGAACAGAUUUAGCUAAGGAAUUGGAGAGUUGCAGAAAAAUAUGCCUUGAAUUGGAAGAGAAGAGCAAAAAGGAUGAAAUGAGGUGUUUGAUGUUGGAAAUUGAGGUUGGAGAGUUGAAGAAAAAGAACAAGGAACUCGAGGGGGAGAUCACAAGGAUUCAGAAGGUUGUGAGCAAUGGAGAGAAGGGGAAAGGGGUGAUAGUCGAUUUGACGGAUGAGGAAAACGAAGGAGAUAAGUUUGUUCAGUUGUUGAUCGAAAACAAGGUUCUGGAAUGUGAGAAAACAAGUGCUGAAAUCGAGAUUCGAUCUUGGAAGGAGAAGGUUAAGGAAUUGGUUUCACGAGUGUGUGAAUUGGAAUUGAAGGCAAACAUGAAGGGCAUGAAUGAAUCCUCCAAGGGGAUUGAUGCCGGAAUGGUAACGGUGACUGGGAACACACAAGUGGACACAAAUAGCAAUUUGAUGAGCAAAGAGAGAAUUAAAGAGGACAUUAGUGUGGUCUCAACUCACAAAAGUACUGUUGAAAGAGGAGGUAAGGGUUGUAUCCAAGUUAGAAAGCGGUUGUCAUUUGAGGAAGACGGAUUCCCCAAUAAGACGAUGGCUCCAUCUACUCCAGGUGUUGCUCAACUUCCCUUUUCUGGUGUUAUCGAUAUCAGUGAUGAGGAUUUAAACUGUAAUGAAAUUCCAAAAGUCAAGAAGCUUUUUGAUCCAAUCAACUAUGGUUCUAAAAGUCCUUUUUCUUCUAAGAAUGACCCUGAGACGACUAAUCUAGGACAUAUUGAUGAAGAUGAUAUGGAUGGCUUUGAAGGGUAUUCUCGAACUGCUGCAAGUGCUAAAAGAAAAAGAACUUCCAAUACCAUUGCCAGCGAUGAUGAUGAAGAUAUGGAUGGUUUUGUUGGUCAUUCUUCGAAAACUCCAAGUGCUAAAAGAAAAAGGGCUGCUAGGGUUAUAUCAAGUGAUGAUGAGACCAGUUAUGACGAUAACGCCCCAAUUUGCACGCUCAUCAAGCAACACAGUUCUAGGUUAAACACUGAUUCUGAGGAUGAAGUUAAAGAAGGGGUAGGUAAGCGGCACCUGAAGAGGUUGAGAAAACCAGGAUUUAGAGACAGACAAGAUAGAAGCACUCUUGACCUUAAUAGAACUAUUUGUCUUCAUGGAAAUAGUUCAAGUGAGGAUGAGGAAGACAAUGAUGGUGUAGAGGAAGGGUCGGAGAGUGAAGAUGAUAGUUUGGGUGGAUUUAUCGUGGACAGUUCUGAAAGUUGUUCUGAGAUUGCUCCUGUAAGUGAUGAUAGCUGUGAUGAAUCCAAAGAUGCAUUAAGUGAUUUCAAAUUAACUUUAGACAAGAUUGGUAGAAAAAAAGUUUUGAAUCUAAAGUGGGAUCUAGAGGGAGAUAUGUUAGCUGAUUUUGGCAAGGAUCCUGAAUUGUGUAUGAGGGCCGUGUGUGCUCUUUAUAGGCAACAGACAGCGGAUGAGAAAGCAUCAAAAGAAACUAUAUACCAGAAUGAGCGUGGGUUUAGCCAGUGUGAUGCAUCCAGGGCUAGUAAGGUGGCAGAGUUUCUGAUAGAUGGUGACGCUGGCGGUGAUAUGAGCAAAACAGUGGAAGAACUGAAACGAUAUGACUCGAAGGGGAUCAAACUAUGUAUGGCACUUGCAGCUAAAUACUCAAAGCAGUUAUUCGAGAUUUACCAGAACAAAGAAGAUCCAUAUUUCGUGCCAAAGUGCCAUGACCAAGGUAGCAUGUAGUGGUAGUCUGGAUAGAUAAUGUGUUUUUGCUUUAGAGCAGAUGGAAUGUGAAUAUUUCAUAUGUAAAUUGCAUUUUAGAUGUGAAGUUGGUAUCUCUAUCUCUGCACAAGUCCUUGUAUUGCUAUAUGCG